AUGCUGUUUGAUAAAUUUAAUACUUCUAUGUUAAAAAUGCUCGAACCGUAUAGAAAAUGGAUUAUAGAGAAUCCACAAUUAUUAUCAGAAUUGGAAAAUACGGUUCAGUGUCUACCUUACUUCACAGCUGGUCAAUUCAGCAAUUCCAUUUUUGUGUCAGAGCUACUGUACUCUCUGUCAAAUCUGGUUGUACUAUUUAACGAUUUCUUAAUGUGCAGUGGGAAAUGUGUGCACUUUAAAUUUCCCCAGUUUGAAUCAAAAAUCAAAAUUUGGCUGACUGUGGUGGAAUACACAGAAGCUUUAUUUGAGAUUUCUGCCAAAAAAUUAUGGGGUCACAGUGGCAAGUGGUUUAUAAUAACUGUUAUACAAAUAUUUAAGACUGUGUUAAGACUUUUGUUAGUUCAUCUGUAUAAAGAACGGGUAACAAAAUGUCCUCCAAUACAGCCAAUUAAUAGAGAAAAGUUGAAUGACUCCAAUAAUGAGAAAUUAAAAGAAGGAUUUACCUUAAAAAGAUCUGGCACUGUUGUUAGAAGUAUCAGAGGUGUCAAUUCGUUAUUUAUGCGUACAUUUGAACCGUUACCUUCUAACAUGAGCAAUAAUGAUAAUUUGAAUAGAUCUUCUGCAUCAGAAAAGAAUCUAAUGUUAGCAGAGACUCUCUAUAUUAUGAAACCACUGUUUCAUUUGGGAUGUAUAUCCUUCACUGGUCAGAAGCAUUGGCCACCAUGGCUAUUAUCAAUUGUUGUUGAUAUAUUUAGUUUAAAAAUGAUUAACAAAGAAGCGAGAAGUAUGUCGUUUAGCAAAGAAGAAGAAAAAGAAUUCUUUAGACGAAGAUUAGCUUUGAUUUUGUACAUAUUAAAGUCUCCAUUUUACGAUAAAUACAGCCGCAUUAGGAUAUAUGCAAUUCUUACCGCGCUGUCCACUAAAGUACCCUUAGCUAGAUUUUUAACAGAGCCGAUAAAAAAAUAUCUGCCUCAUUGGCAAAAUACAUAUUUUUAUAUGUGGUCGAGUUAGUUUGUGAUGCAAUUAAACAUUCUUUUAAAAAUUCUAAGUUAUUAAUACAAAAUACUAUUGGGGAUGGGGAU